AUGUACAAGAAGAACGUGCUUAAGGAGAUUGGAGAAACGGUGGUGCAAGCUAUUAAGAUGGACUAUAAUACCGACAAGGGCCACUGGAGAAGUUCUGUGUUGAGUACAUAUUGUGACUCUGCAACUCUAGGUUUAGUGUUCAACUAUAAUGUCAACAUUCAUGUUCCUAUUGGGCCACUUUUUCAAGUUGAGGUACCAGAGUGGACUGGUGGAGCUUCAGAAAGCGAUGCGAAAUGGUUAGGGACUCGUGUUUGGCCAUGGGAAAAAAGGGAACACAAAUUCAUGAUCAAAAGGGAUCGGAUCGGAAAGGGAAGACAAGACUCAUGUGGCUGCCAUAUUCGAGAUUCGAUACAAUGUGUAAGAUUUCAUGUUACUGAGAAAAGGUUGAGAGUAAAGCUCGAGCUCGGUUUCGCUUUCUACCGGUGGAAAUUCAAUAAGAUGGGUGAAGAGGUUGCAUUUGCUUGGAAAGAGGAAGAAGAGAAGGUGUUUUCAUGUAUAGCGAAGUCCAAUCCUUUAUCACCAUGGGAUGAGAUCGGCAAACAUUUUCAUAACAAAAGCAGGGAAGAACUAGUUUGCUACUAUUUCAUUGUCUUUCUUUUGCAACAUAAAACAUACCGGAAUAGGGUCACUCCGAGUAACAAUAACAGCGACGACGACGACGAAGAAAUAGGCGUCGAAGCAGAGGCGAUUAGAAAAGGCAUUGAGCGUAAACCUACUAAGUCCACCUCUAUCUUAAUUUCCCCAAAGAAGAAGGAAAAGAAGUCGAAAAUGGUAGUUGAAAACGAAUCUUUCAGUGGCAAAGAUUUUGUUUUAUGUAGCAAUUUGAGAAGGAAGGGCCGAAGAACCGGUCAUACAUUUAGUCUAUUGCAGUUCGGAUGCUCUUCAAGUGUUUUUGUUUAA